ACGAUUGUAUUGUAAUGAAAAUAAUAUUACAUAGACAAAAUUAUAUUAAAUGUACUGUAUUAUAAAAGUAAUUAUUAAUUGAUUUUAUAUUUUUUCUUUAAACAAUUCCGUGAUUACUGUGAAGUAUAAAUUAAUAAUAUUGCAAUGUCUCUCUCUAUAGAAAAAGUUUUAGAAAAACCAUUGCAACAAUUUGUGGUUCAGGCUCAAAAAGCUGAAAAUCAGGAAUUAGUCGAAGUCAUCAAACAAGCUUUAGAUUAUGUUGAUACAUUUGUUUUUGCCGAACUAUUAGACUGUCCUAAUGUCGUUGCAUUAGAAACUACUCCUUAUGCGCCGUAUUUACAUGUAUUGCGUAUAUUUUCACAAGGUACAUAUUUGGAUUAUUUGAAUAAAAAAGAACAAUUGCCAGAAUUAAGUAUACAUCAAAAGAAGAAACUACAAUAUUUAACAAUUGUUACAUUAGCGAAUAAGAUGAAACGUAUUCCUUAUGAUAUUCUUUUAAAAGAAUUAAAUGUGAAUAAUGUCAGAGAUCUUGAAGACUUAAUAAUAGAAGCACUUUAUUCUGAUGUAUUUACUGGUGAACUUGACCAACAAAGUGGCUAUCUAGAAGUUGAUUGGACUGUUGGUCGGGAUGUCGCCCCGAAUGAUGUUGAUACUAUGAUAGACACAUUACAACAGUGGUGUGAUUCCUGCGAAAGUGUUCUCUCUACAGUUCAAGCUCGUAUUGUUGAUGCCAACCAAACAAAACAGGAUGUACUAAGACACCGAGCUAUAGUUGAAUCUGAGGUAGUUAAUAUUAAAAAGAAGAUUCGAACCCAAAUAUUAGAGGAAGAAAUGUUAGUAGAAACAAGUGCUGGUCCUCUUCCAAACAAAAAAUCUGGUAAAGGAAUGAAAUUCAAUGCAGUUAAAUAUUAGAACAAUAUUGUAACGUAUAAUACAUUUAAUUUUAAUAAUUAUUAUUUUUGUAUAUACCUAAAUAAAUGUGUUUAUUAUUUAUCUAAAUUAGCAAACUACCUAUAUAAAUAAUGUACCUAUUACUAUAAGCUAUUAAAUUGAAUUUUAAUUAGAGCUAUUAGUUUAACUAAACACAUUUAAAAAAUAUACUUAUAGGUUUAAAUAUCAUGUAUAGUUAAAUUUAAAAAAAAAUAUAAUAACUUUUUUUAAUUGUGUAAUAGGUACCUAUACAUUUCUUUUUGUACAUAAAUUUUAAUUGUUUCUUCGCUUCAUACAUUUAUAUUUAUUAUUAUACUAUUUUAUGCUUAAGUUGCAUAAUUAUCAUAAUAAGUUCAGUAGAAAGACAAAAGUAGUCAAUAGGUCAUAUUAUGCCCUUUUUUUACAAUAAAAACUAUUAAUAUAAAUAUAAAAUGUUUUUGAAAUAUUUUUUAAUAGUUGAUGAUUGUACAUGCAUAUUAAAAAAUACAUAUUGAUCGGUUUUAUAAGCUCAAAAUAAAUUAUGAAUAUUUUUUGCACUUAUUUAAGAAUAAACACAAAAUAAUAACAUUAAUUAUAGACUAUUCUUAUAUAUUUAUUAUAUUAGUUAAUAAUAUAGGUAUAUAGGUAUGGAUAUGUCUAUUUGUUUUACUUGGUAAUACACUAAUACCAUAGAGUUGAAUAAGAAAAAGAGGUUUAUAGUUCUUAACUGCUGUUAAUACUUAAUAGUAAUGUAAAAAAAUCUGUUCUAGGAUAAUGGGGAUGGGUGCAGUCUUUAGGUAAGAAGUUGAGAAGGUAGUAAAGGGAAAAUUUAAUGUAUGUAAACAUCAAUAAACCAUUACUAACAAAAAAAGAUUCUAAGCGGAGUUCGGUUGAUAGUGUUGCUGUACAAUAUAUCUGUCCUAUUAUGGUAAAAUAAUUACACAUGCAUUAUAUACUUUCUUAUACAAUAUUUGUUUAAUUUUAUACUUAUUUUCCCAUUUAAUGAGAAAAUCAAAAAAUGCUUUUCCUAAAGUACCACCCCAGUCAGAUUUCUUUUCAGAAAAAGUGCUAUCAUUGUAAAUCAGAGUAAAAUUACUGAUUUGAAUGUUAUCUGCAGACAAAAUAAAUAUUUAGGUAUGCUUUAACAAAAAUGUUUUAUUCAAAUUAUUUUAAAUAUGUACU